CUCUUGGGAUGGAAUUAUCAUGCUAGCGUAGCGUUAUUUUACGAGUAGCCAGGCUGCAAGGCCCUGCUAGCUAGCGUUGGUAGCUACGCUAGCUGCCAUGUAGCUACCUAACGUUAAAUUGCGACGUUUUUAUACUAAUUCAGUUUUUAGUGUAUGGUGUAUUUUGCUUGUGCAUUUUCUUAGGUAAAUAAAACGCGGACAAUGUAGGUGUUCAGCUGUGAACUAACCGGCUAGCAUACACAGUGGCUAGCUAGCUAACGUUAGGAACCCUGCUAUGGUGGGCUGUGUGCUAGUUUCCUCAAGUAAUGGCAUAACUUUUGGUUUUUCUAGCUAGUUUCGCGUAUCCUGAUUGUUCUAGCCAGAUGUGUGUCUUGCACUGGUUGCUUUGUGACGGUUCUCUUCUCUGCAUUUAACUUGGCUUAAAUGAUAUGUCGCCGUCCAAUUAUGUUAAUGGUCGAUGAUUAUGAAACCCUGAAUCACAGUGUGCGACUGGGAAUGGACAUUUUUAUAUCGCGCGCCGUAAAAAGUUCUCUAUCUGGUUUACACAAAUUAUAUUUUUAAAUGUGUCAGUAUAUGUUUGCGUUAAAUCGACCAAUGGCCUGUGUGUGCUCGACAUUAAAUGUAUUUUGUGGCAUGACGUUGUUUUGACUAGUAUCAGUCACAGUAGGGUACCAAGUUUAGCUCUGCUGGGUGCGGGCUGUUUCUUUUUGAUUUGUGCAGCAGAACGACCAAUCAUGCUCAAGUAUGCCAGCUAUUACUCUUAUGCCUAUGGUGCAUUUCCAAUAGACUUUACCCCGGUGUUUGGACUGAAGUCAUAAGACUUGUUUUUUCCACCUCUGAGGCCUGGCCCCAAAAAAUCUAAAGGUCUUGGGCCGUGAACCUACUCAGACUUGGGGCCAGACCUGGGAAAGUUUGACUUGUUUUUUCCCGAACAUGGUUAACACACCUCACGAAGUAACUGUUCCAAGUCCUUAGCCGUAGUGAUGGAAACACGUUCCUUAUUAGUAAUACACCAGGGUGUAUGGACUGGAGUAACAACACUGCCGUAUUGGAAAAGCCCAUAUCUGACUCUCUGUGGACUGAUGCAUAUCAAAGAAAAGGAUUAAAGGCACGGACAGAAAGCACGGGGUGGCACAAUUCUAUCCAGGCGGAGCGGUCGGUGGUUCUCGUGCACAUGGAAGCCGCUCAGCCAGAGAAAAUAGGAUUCUGCUCUUAUUUUUCAAGGGGUGCCGUUGUUCACCAAUCACAGUAGAACAUGUAGCCUGCGUGGUGAUACAUCAACACUUACGUCCAACAGCGGGAUCAGCUAACUUGCCUGCUGGCAAACACUUGUCAGUUUAGAGUCACGUUUAACAAUACCAUUCCCCCCCCCCCACUAAUCCAUUUUUGGAUUUAUCGUUUCUGUUGCGUGUAAAUACUUUAUGAAUGCUUAUGGCGUUAUAGCGUUUCUUCAUUCGUACGUCGAUAAUGUUUAUUUCGUUGCUAUGGUCACAGUCUUUGGAACAGCUGCCGGAGACACUAGCCGCUUUGAUUUCAGGGACAAGUGGUGUACUCAGAGGGGUACUAGGCCAUAUUCCGCUGUCCGAAAAGUGCUUAACUAUGUCCAUGGCUAAUGUCAUGCCCAUCUUUAUCAAUGAUGGUGUAUGGUAUGUCGAGAUGUAGGCCUAAUGAUUGAUGGGUUAUUGCUAGAUAUUAAGUAUCUACAGAAAUUGGUUAAUGCUGUGCCUUUCGGUUUUUUGUGGUUUGGGUAUUCUGAUGGUCUGAAUACAUGCCUGUUUCUGAUAUAGAUUGGAGAGUUUCUGGCAAAUGCACGAUUUCAUUCCAAGGACGCAGAGAAGAAAUACUUUUGUAUAUAUAGUGUAUGUGGACACACCUUCAAAUUAAUGGAUUUUGUCAUUUCAGCCACACCCGUUGCAGACAGGUGUAUAAAAUCGAGCACGUGGCCGAGCAGCCGCACACGAACCUAAGAUCACCAUGCACAAUGCCAAGUGUCGGCUGGAGUGGCGUAAAGCUCGCCGCCAUUGGACUCUGGAGCAGUGGAAAUGCUUCUCUGGCGCGAUGAAUCACGCUUCACCAUCUGGCAGUCCGAUGGACAAAUCUGGGUUUGGCGGAUGCCAGGAGAACCCUACCUGCCUCAUUGCAUAGUGCCAGCUAUAAAGUUUGGGGGAGGAGGAAUAAUGGUCUGGGGCUGUUUUUCAUGGUUCGGGCUAGGUCUCUUAGUUCCAGUGAAGGGAAAUCUUAACACUAUAGCGUACAAUUUCAUUCUAGAUUAUUCUGUGUUUCCAACUUUGUGGAAACAAUUUGGGGAAGGCCUUUUCCUGUUUCAGCAUGACAAUGACCCCGUGUACAAAGGGAGGUCCAUACAGAAAUGGUUUGUCGUGUGGAAGAACUUGACUGGUCUGCACAGAGCCCUGACCUCAACACCGUUGAACACCUUUGGGAUGAAUUGGAAUGCAGACUGCGAGGCAAUCCUAAUUGCCCGACCUCACCAAUGCUCUUGUGGCUGAAUGCAAGCAAUUGCCCGCAGCAAUGUGCCAACGUCUAGUGGAAAUCCUUCCCAGAAGACUGGAGGCUGUUAUAUCAGCGAAGGGGGACCAACUCCAUAUUAAUGCCUGUGGUUUUGGAAUGACAUGUUCGACGAGCAGGUGUCCACAUACUUUUGGUCAUGUAGUGUAUAUGUGACUUAACGAAGGAGAAUAUUGCAUGAAACUUGUGAACUUUUUAACACUUGAUUGAAUUGAAUAGUUGUAACGUGAAGCCUGGAAUUGUAGAUUGGAAGCCUGCCAUUAUACUAUGGUGAAGGCUCAUACCUGAUGCAUUUAAUGUAUGCACAGCUGAUUUGAGAUGGAACAAUCCGUGAAAGGGACAUCCAGUUUAAUGGUUGAACUUUGUCACUCCUGGAGACGACAUACUAAUCUUUCAGAUGUUAGAAUCUCCGACCUACCGUUGUUGCCUGUAGGCCUGUACAUUUUUUUAGGGUGUUUCCAUUUUGUAGUGGCCUAGGUGUCGUAUUGGGACCUUCAGAUUUGUGCACAGCGUAAUCCUUUCAGAACGUUUUCAGUUGCUGUUUUCAUUCUCAAGGUGUCACCUGUUUUGGUGAUGUUAUAGUGGAAUGGUCUGGAGAGCAUUGGUGAGCUGGACACAGGACUGUUCUGCAAUAAUGCUAUUAUGUACCCCUCUGUCUACAGGUGCUGUUGUUUGUGCUGUUGUCGGAAUGGCGGUGGUCAUCCAUUUACAGGGGCUCAGAAUCACUGCAGGUUCUGAGGACGUUCGCCAUUUCUUCACUGGCCUCAAAAUCCCAGAUGGUGGGGUGCACAUUAUUGGUGGGGAGAGUGAGGAGGCUUUCAUAAUCUUUGCUUCCGAUGAAGACGCGAGGCGGGCGAUGACCCGUUCGGAGGGAUCCAUCAAAGGUUCUCCGGUUCGCUUACGGCUGAGCAGCAAGUCAGAAAUGCAGGCUGUUCUCAAGCAAAGUAUAAAACCUGAGGUGACCAAAAAGAGGCCGUAUAAGGAAGGUUCCAGAAGACCGGAAAGAGAAGGCAGGAAUGAGGAAUCUAGAAGAAAAGAGCGCGUGGAGAUGGGCAGUAGAUCAGUGUCUUACAGUAACGUACGUAGUCACGCCCGAAAGCCUUUCUCACAGCCAAGCAGUCAAGAUUACUUGUAUUUGUAUAUGCAAGACAUGCCUUUUACUACGACCGAAGAGGAAGUGAGAAGAUUCUUUGACGGAUUAGUGGUGGAGGACAUUAUUAUGAUGAGAAAUGACCGCGGCCAACAAAAUGGGAAAGGAGUUGUCAAGUUCGAAUCCAGACGGGAUGCUAGAGAGGGUCUGAAAAGACAUCGGCAAUACCUUGGAACGAGGUUUGUGAAAGUCUAUGCAAGCUCAGAAAAGCAGUGGGUUAAGGCAGGUGGUGCUAGGGAACCUCCAGACCGUGCUAGGUCUUACUCACCAGUGGCCGACAGGUCUACAAAGUCCAAUUCUCCUGCCAAUGAGGAGUUCUGUGUCUUGGUGGAAAACCUUCCCUACUUAGUGGAGAAGAGGGACAUAAAGGAGAUCUUCCAUCAUGCAGACCUCAAGUAUGAUCAGAUCCUUCACCUCCUUGACAAGUAUGGGUCAGAGACAAGGUCCGCAUUUGUGCUGUUCAGAAGCCUGAGGGACUACGGUGCUGCCUUGACUCUUCACAAGCAGAAAUUUCUGAAACGAAUUGUGUACAUCUCUCCUAUCUCGAAAGAGAAAAUGGUCGCCAUGCUAGAAUCUGGGGGAAAUCUAAUGGAUGGUGCACCACCCUCUAAAAGGUCUUACAGAAGAUCUCAGGAAAGGCUUCCAAGAGAGACCAAGAAGGAUGUGUAUGAAUCUGAUAAGAUUUGCCUGUAUGUGCGAAACCUGCCUUUCGACGUGCGCAAAGUUGAGAUUGUGGACUUCUUCCUAGGCUUCAGGAUCUCAGAGGAGACUGUUGUUUUGCUGCUUGACCAUAAGGGCAAUGGGCUUGGAGAGGCUUUUGUGAUCUUUCAGACUGAGGAGGAGGCUAUGAGGGCACAGUCUCUGAAUGGACAAGGGUUUCUUGGAACAAAUGUCAUCCUGAAAUGCAUUUCUCUGGCUCAGAUGUGUGAAUUUGGUGGUGGUGAACCUGCAGUGACAGAGCAACAGAUGGAGAGAAGCUCAGAGAGGUACUUGGCCAGGAACAGUGAGGCGAUGUCCCAUCUGUACACUGAUUACAGGGUCAACCCUGAUAUAGGCCAUCUUCCUAUGAACGACCUGCAGGUUCAUAUUGAUGGAGGCAGCAGUCUGGGUCUGGAUUCUCACAUGAUGGAAAACCCUGUUCUGCUUGAUAACAGGGGCAAUGGCUCUGCUCAUAGACAUGAAGGCUAUGGACCUUCUGCACCGCAGCAGUUUGAUGAUCCAACAUCCUUGACACUGGUUAAUAUGCCUUUUUCUAUCAGAAUUGAAGAAAUCUAUAACUUUUUCUAUGGAUAUCGUGUCAUUCCUGGAUCGGUCUCAUUGCAGUAUGACAAUGGAGGGCGUCCCAAAGGCUCAGCAACGAUUAUUUUGGAAUCUCGCUCGGAAGCGUUAAUGGCAGUUGAGGAAUUGAGUGGAAGACCAAUAGGCAACAGAAAAGUAAAACUAGUUCUUGUGUGAAAUUUGUCCUCCGUAUAGAACAUAAAAUAACCUUUUUGGGCUUUAAAAUGUGACGUUUUAGGAAGAACAACUCGGACUGUAUUUGGUUAGUUUGGUGGUUCCAACAGAUGGUGACUGAACAAUUUUUGAUUUUAAAAAUACUGUGUGUGUGUGUGUGUGUGUGUAUAGCCUUCUACUCCAUGUGUAACGGACAAACCUUUUGUCUGUUUUUUCCCCCUUAAAGAAUAACAAUUGUUUUUGUAUUUUGCCCAUCGCUUGCUUGCUAUGUAGCCUGUUUCUGAAGCUUUUUCUUUUAGUGAAAUUUGCCUGAAAUUGUAUUUUCUUUAACAGCUGGGUGAAGGUAGAACUUAAAUUUGCAACUAUUAUUUGUUGAAAUGUUUAUUGCAUUAUAUAGUGUAAAAGUUGUCCAUUAAACUUAGUGGAAAUUCUUUGAUUAAAAUGCAUACAUGUUCUCCUUUUGUCGUCAUCUAAGAUGUUUUGUUGUAUGAUAAAUUCGGUAUUGCCCAUGGUCCUAUAUAUAUUUUUUCCUGUGGUCUUUGGACUCGAAUGCCAUGUUAUUUUGCUUUAGCUGGACACACACACACUCAAAUGGUUAAGUAUCUAUAUAUGUUAGGUAUUCCCCAACUCAUACGCCAAGUUAUGCAGGAUUUAACACAAGCAAAGGGUGCGACUGUCUGCAUUAACUCCCUUUUUAUUUUAUUCUGAUGCAGAUGUAUACAUUUUGGUUGUCAGGAGCAGUGAGAAUAAAACGUUUAGAAUGCAGGAGACUUUCACACUUAACUGAGAAUCUGUGAAUUGCACCUACAUUACUUCCAGCUACCCAAUUUCCAGAAGUAACCAAGAGUUGGACUACGGUGCACCAUGUUAACUAUUCUCACAGAAAUUGUUUUCCACUUUAAACCUUGAAGUAAUAACUGGGUGGUCGGUAGCCUAGCGGUUAGAGCAUUGGGCCAGUAAUCAAAAGGUCACUGGUUCGAAUACCUUGGAGAAGGGCCCUAAGAAUAAGAGUUGUCAAGAACUUCGGUUCAUUCUGCUACCGCAUGGUAAGCUUGGCCUCCCGAGUGGCGCAGCGGUCUAAGGAACUACAUCUCAGUGCUUGAGGCAUCACUACAGACACGAAGGUUUGAAUCCAGGCUCUAUCACACCCAGCCGUGAUUGGAAGUCUCAUGGGGCGGCGCAUAAUUGGACCAGCAUCGUCCGAGUUUGGCCGGUGUAGGCCGUCAUUGUAAAUAAAUAUUUGUUCUUAACUGACUUGCCUAGUUAAAGGUUAAAUAUAUAUAUUUUUAAAAGCGCCAAGAAGGGCACCAAAAGGCUCCUGAACAGCUUCUACCCCCAAGCCAUAAGACUGCUGAGAAACUCGUACGAACACUUUCUCACAUAGCACAUGCUGCUGUAACUUUAUCCUGAUUGCCUAGUCUCUUUUACCCCUACCUACAUGUACAUAUUACCUCAACUACCUCGUACCCCUGCACAUUGACUCGGUAACGAUACUCCUUGUAUAUAUAUAUAUAUAUAGCCUCGUUAUUUUAUUGCGUUACUAUUUACUUUUUUGUGCUAAUCCCCCUUUUUAACUCUGCAUUGUUGGGAAAGGGAUCGUAAGUAAGCAUUUCACGACAAAGGUGUCGAUGUGCCCUUGAGCAAGGCACUAUACCUUAAUUUGCUCCAAGGGCGCCGUACUACUAUGGCUGACCCUCUAAUACAACACAUUUCACUGCAAUAUACAAAAGUAUAUUUAAGCAAUAAGGCCAGAUAACUGAACAGACAGAUUUGCCUUUGAAAAUGUGCAGCAUAACUAAGUUAUUUUAUCAAACAAGUAUUGUAACGUGAAUAUACCGAUACUUGAACGAUAAAGCAGAAAAACUCCGUUUGUUAUCAGUAUGAUAUUCUAAGAAUUUGUUCUGCACUGAUUUCAAUAUGGAAAGAUUGCUUCCGUACCCCGCCCGUCCCCUCUUUCGUGAAUUUCGUUGAAAACGUUACUUUGCUGCGCGUCUCGUGUUGAACCUUUUUGGGGGUAACGACAGCAGAAGCAGCACCUCAUCAGUGUGGCAUCUCUCGGAUGGGAAGGAACCCGUGUGUCGCCGAACAUACAGGGUCAGGAUGGAGGUGUCAAGGAGGCGGAUCUUACAGAAGCACCUGCAGCCAGCCAGACCACUGCGGCGCUGCAGCACUGACCAGGACCCCUGCUUUAGAAAUGCUGAGCCAUCUGUGUGUGGACAAGCAGGAGAAAAAACAAUUAACAGUAUUGGAGUGGAACAGUUUUUUGAAAUCCUCCAUCUCCAAACUCAGACUCUACAAAAAGACUCCACCCCAACUAAAGUGAGGAUAUCUUACACUAGAGACUUCCUGAUUCAACUGGCCAGUUCCCCCAUUGCCAAAAGAAAACCGGACUUCUUACCAGAACAUCCUGUUGUUUUGGAAAAGGCGAGAGAACCUGGUGUGCCAAGGUUGGAGAAGAGGUCUGAUGAAAACAAUGAAAUGUUUGCCUAGGCUAACAUGGAGCUGGGAAGUCUGGUUGCUGCUGCUGCUUUUCAACCCACACACCACUACAACUUGCUCUGCCAUUGAGUGAUAUACCAACAACAACAAAAAAAUCCCAGUUGAGCCCAGAACACCACAGGCAUGGGAUGCGUCCCAAAUAGCACCCUAUGUCCUAUUUAGUGCACUACUUUUGACCAGGGCCGAUAGGGUUCAGAUCAUAAACGGCCAUGACCAUGAGAGUUGUAAGCGAAGGGUAUCAUUUUUUUGUUUUUUGUUCCUUUGACAAAUGUUGGUUCAUGGUGGACACAAACCUGAAAAUGUACCGUAACCUACAUGUUUUAAAUUGUGUGCUUCCGUCUAAAAUAAUAAUGAGUGGUUGAAUGAUGUGCCUUAAUGCUAACAAAUGCUUACAUAUGGCAUAAUACUAAUAACGCCUCAGUGGAGGCCAUUGAAUAACCUUACAACGACCUCCAAGACAAACACUAUAUUCAUUUAACCCUUUCACUUUUUGAUAUUUAUUUUACCUUUAUUUAACUAGGUAAGUCAGUUAAGAACAAAUUCUUAUUUUCAAUGACAGCCUAGGAACAGUGGGUUAACUGCCUUGUUCAGGGGCAGAACAACAGAUUUGUACCUUGUCAGCUCGGGGAUUCAAACUUGCAACCUUUCGGUUACUGGCCCAACACUCUAACCACUAGGCUACCCUGCCGCCCCAUGUUGGAGUAUGGGUGUUUUAGGUUUGAUAUUGUUACUGAAGUUUGAUUAUUGACUUAUAUCAACUAACUGAAUGUUGAAGUAUAGGCUACUGCCUGCUGCAUAACAUGUCUGUAUUCCCCCAUUGAAAACUGUUGCUUGAAAUGAUUAGGCUUCUAAGCCUGCCUUUGCACACUAUCCUUCUGAGGGUCAGUCCUGUAGUCACAUCAAAUGGUACAUCUCUCUCCCACUUCUCUGAGGGUCAGUCCUGUAGUCCCAUCAAAUGGUACAUCUCUCUCUCCACUUCUCUGAGGGUCAGUCCUCUAGUCACAUCAAAUGGUACAUCUCUCUCCCACUUCUCUGAGGGUCAGUCCUGUAGUCACAUCAAAUGGUACAUCUCUCUCCCCACUUCUCUGAGGAAACGUGCACAGGCUUGACGUGCACAUAAGGGAUACUUUAUUAUGCAACUUGUGUUCGGAGACUGUUGUGGUUGUAGUGUGGAAUGGGAAAAUUGAGCGCCUGUUUAUUUUUGAAGUGUAUUUAUUUGAUUUAUUCUUAUUUUGUUAUGAGCUAUUUGCCUAUCGAGGCUUAGUCAUGAUGGCGGGCUUCAUUCCAAGAUUUUGGCUGUUUGUUGAUACAAGGCUGAGAGGACUUUCCUAUGCUAAUGUAAAGGGACAGUGCCAAAGUGUAACCAUGUAUUUUCAGCGAUGCAGUAGGUUAAAUAAGUGCCCUCCCCAAUUGAUUUUGACUUUCAAGUUGCACAUUGUGAAGAUAGGCUAUUUAAUUUAGUGUACUAUGGUGCACAUCCUCUCCUUGCUCCAAGACGUAUGAGCUGAUCUGGGAUCUGCCCUAAUAGCCCUGUACAUUUCUCUGCUCUUAUAAAAAAAAUCAUAUUUGUAUGACAAA